AUGAAGGCAGUUGUCGCUCUGAUCAACGCUUUGUUGCUCACCACGGCCAAUGCCGUGGCGCUGCCAGUAGAUGAGCAUCGGGACCUGAAGCAGCGUGCCGAAAACGAUGUUGACGCAAGGCGACGGACGACCGACUACUAUCAAUACAUCCAGACGGAUAAGGGGGGAAAUCCCAUCACCUCCAAGCGGGAUGAAGUGGAGGUUGUCGAUGUGGUGCUUGACGAUGUGGUGCCAGACGAUGCAGAGCUUGGCGAUGGGAACCCUGCCAAUGCGGAGGCACGCGAGCCCGCGAAUGACGUUGAUGCUGCGCGAGGCCAGGGCUAUUAUGACGGGCCAGCGUACUACUGGUAG